GAUCUGCAAUUGAUAUUAUGCAGUUUCUCAGUCGUGCUUGAUUUCUCAGUGUGCUCUGGCAUACCAUAGUCAACAGGAUGAGACCCCUUAACACAGAAUGCAAUCAAUAUAUGACUUGUAGAAUACAAAGGAAAACACCACAUUUGUAAGUACUUACCCUAAAGCUGAACACCUAUGGAAGUUUGAAUCGCGUACUGAUGUGAGGAUUGGAUGAAGUUUGAAUCGCGUACUGAUGUGAAGAUUGGAUGAAGUUUGAAUCGCGUACUAAUGUGAAGAUUGGAUGAAGUUUGAAUCGCGUACUGAUGUGAAGAUUGGAUGAAGUUUGAAUCGCGUACUAAUGUGAAGAUUGGAUGAAGUUCUUUGUGUAACCAAUGAUCAAGUUAUGAGUUGAAGGAGUGAGCUAAAGCUAGCAAUAGUGAUCUGUGUUUAGUUGUCCAGUGGACAAAGAUAGUUAUAUUUUAUUUUAGCACAUAAAUGGAAGAGACACACAAUAUUACUUGUUCCUUUUCUAAUUCUUGCCGUGCUUGUAGUGUUUUUAAUAUCAGUGAGCCAUAUUUCAAAUCUGUUGUUGACUUGGAGAACCAUUGCAGUGAGAAUUAUUCAUAUCCAUUUCGUCCUGUGACUCGUAUCAUAUUCAAUGGAAAUGAGAUAGAGAGCCGGAAUCAAACCCGAUGUUGUGAAGGUUCCCGGAUACUUGUAUAUACGAUAGAGGAAAGCAUAACAGACGAAGCAAAGACCAGCAGCCACUCUACAUUAUUCCCCAUAACGGUGACGCAAAGGCUUGAGGCAAAUUCUUCCGCCAUUGGAAGUAAUCCUUCCGCGACAGAGAUAACAACGACACCAGCGCCCGUUAACAUAACUCUGCUUCUGUCGGCGGCCAUUACUGGAAUUGCAUUUCUCUUUGUGGUGGCACUUUUGUGUUGUAUAAUUGUUAAAUGUAAGAGGCAAUCAAAAACAAUUCGAAGAACACAGAAUCCUCAAUACUUUCUCGACAAUAGAACAUACAGCAAUGGAAUUGCAGAAUAUUCAACAGUUGACGAAGCAGUAACUCUUGUGAAAUCCUUGACUGACGCCAAAACAAUAUCAAAACGGAUAGAGAAUGCAUCGGAUGAUUAUUUUGUUCUUGAGAAAAGUGUUUGCACAAAUGCAUAUGAACCAAACCAUCUUCGUUCGGAUCCUGGCCAGGAGAAUAUUUAUAAUACGCUGAAUGAAAAGCAGCGAAAAUCUACUGACAUCGAAGAUAGUGUAUACAGUCACUUCAGUGACUUUAAUGAAAAUGUGUAUAGUACCACAUUGCGCCGCUAGUUUUGUGCUUGAAACAAAAUCUCGUCAUAUAUUUUUAAACAGAAAGUGGUUGAAAGUUCGAGUACUAAAGAAUGAAUGCAUUGAACGUAUGAACGUAUUUUAAAAUGCGGACCGUGAUAAACAGCGAAAAAAGGUUUUGGAAUUUUACAGUAAGUCAUGAUUUCCUCUAUAUCUGAACUCAGCUUCGCAAGCCAAGUGUCCGAUUCGCUUACCAUCAUCUCCCCUUUGACAGAUCUAGUCCCAUUUCUAAGCCUUCAAAAUAUUUGACUUUCCAAAGCAUCAAAUCAAACCGUUCCAUACAUACAAAUUGGUUUGAGUAAUUGGCGCCCCCUUGUCUAGCGCGUGUUGUCCGCCUUUACCGUCGCAUUUUAUCUAAAGAUAGAAGACGGACGAUUUGGGGGAAAAGUUUUAAGGUUUACGAUCAAAUUCUAGAGAUAAUCGAUCAUGUACCUCACCCAAAUGACGAUAAAGGACGGUAUGUGCUGGAAUAAACUGAACACACUCAGCAAAAUGGAGUAUGAUAUCAAAACAAAAGUAGAACCGUUAAAGCUGUAUGGUCAGAAUUGCAAUUUUUUUUUCCAUCUCGUAAAAACGCUAUUAAAUCAUCGCACGUAUUUAGUUAUGAGGCUGUAUGACAUAUCAUACAUUAUUUCACCUGUUUCAACCCAAAUUAUUUGAUUUUAAAUCGAUGUUUACAAAAAAUCACGUCACUGCCAUUUCAAGUGAUAGUCACGUGACAAGUUCAAACUUUCAGAUCAGCGGUGGUCUUAUCUGUGUAUUUUGUUACAACAGUACCUUGCCAUAAGUUUAAUAAAAAUGAAAAUAUCAAAUACCUCUUAGUAAUUCGUUGUUUUACGUUCUUUCAGCCUUCAAACUAGACGAGUUAAUACAUCAUGUUGGGAUUCCCCUGACGCGCAUGGGUCUAUUUAUAGACGUCUAUUAUGGGAUGAUUUAUAUAUGUACCACACUUAUUUACUUUCUAAAUAAUAUUCUCACUGUUUUCUUUUAUAUGCAGACGUUUUCAAGCAUGUAAUUAAGGGAAAGUUAAUAACUUUAUAAAGUAAUUGAUCUGCUUUAAAGUAAUAAUGUACAAAAAUAAUACAUGAACAUAUCGGGUCAUACAGCUUUAAAAUAUGAAAGGCAUGCUUUGAUACAUGAUUUACGCCUUAAACACAAAGAUGGCAUACGCGUACAGCAAGUAUGCACACAUAAAUGGAAAAAAAACCCACAUUUUAUUGUUUCAUCUGUCAACUCCAUUGUGUAAACUUACAAAUAUACUAUAAAUUAUAAUGCGUUAUCUGAUUGGUUAGAUUUUGUUUCGUCAAGAUAGAUAACUCGCUCUAUCCGUUAGUCGCAACUAAAUCCGCCAAGGGGGAGAUGAGAGUAAGCGAAUCGGACACUUGGCUUGCGAAGAUGAUCUGAACUAUGAGCUUGCGAAAUCAUAUUUUGAAGAAUAUAUUUAGAAGAGUGGUACUGAAGUUUAAAGCAUGGGUCACUCCGUUUUCUCGGAUUUCCAGAGGAAAACAAGGCAUGUCAGUUUUUGAUGUCUCUGUACGUAUUGGACGCUUGUUUGUUUGGUGUCUGACGUAGGAUAUUCGUUGUACGUCAUGAUGUACGUCACAUUCUCUCCACACUCCCUGACUCUAUCCACCACCUGUUUUGCUCUUUUCCCCCAUAAAAUCUAUUAUAUUUUAUGUGUUCCUAUCAAUUGCAUUUAAUGUGCCAUUCUGUGUGUAAUAUUUUGUUCAUUUUUUUAAAAUGUGCCUAUAAAAUGUUUUCAUAAUCCCAGCUACAUAAUUAUGUAAACUUGAUUAGUAAUUUGAUUAUUAAUGAAUAAAUGACCAUCAACCACUCUCAA